AUUAUUAGUUUAUUCAGAGUCGGGCUCUGUCGUCUUCCUGAAGUAUUUUAGCACGAAUGCACGUGACUCGGACGGUCGAACCGCAGACUGUGGUCACGUGGUGUCCGCAGCGGCUCCGACUGUAUUUGUGUCGGCUCAUUUUCCGAGAGGAAGCAGCAAAGCGACGGAAAUAGGAGGGGGAGACGGAGCCAUCCCUUUAAGAACAACUGGGACAUAGCGGAGAGAGGAAAAGGAGAGGAGGGGGUAGAAGAAAGAGGAAUUAAAAAAGAAAAGGAAGAAAGAGACAGGGAAGGGAGGGAGUGAGGGAGAGAGAGCGCGAUAAAAAAAGAAAGAUGACAUCCUGUGAAUUGAAGCGCCGAGGUGGAGCGGCGGGCUGCGGCCGGGCUCCAGCGCUAUUCGUCCGGGUCACGGCUUGAAUCCGACAGCGAGGCUUCGACAAACACCCGAUUGGCCUGUCGGGGGAUCGAGGAAAAAAACACUGAUUUAUCCAUAGCAGCCUUUAAGUUGGACUCUUUGAAAUGCGUCAAGCGCAUCACGUCUGACCGCUGUUUUAACGUCGAAAUGCCUCGAUCCUGUUUUGUAGUGCAUGGUGUAAGACUGUCGAAAUAACAUUAUUGCUCUCGAUGUUUUAACUCAUGCAAAUGAAUAAAUAGCACGUUGUUGUGAUGUGUCGGGUUGAAGUUGGAUAGGAGCAAAGUGAACACUAAAUAGUGUGCAUCACCGCCGCUAAUCUGAGCCGUGAAUUCAAUAAGUGCUUGUGAACAGUCUGAAACACGUCUGAACAUUAUCUGCAAACUACAGACGAGCUCAGUGAUGUCAUCGCUGCGUUAUUAGUCUUCACUCGAGUACUUGAUUAUAAUAUUCAUCGCUGUGGAACAAAAUGGAUGCCGCGUGGAGCAAUUUUCUCUUCCAGACCACACCUUCCCAGACCCAAGUGGAGGGGAGCCUCCAAUCAGAGCUGCUGACCUCUCCUCAAACCCCGCCCACCGACCACAUAGCCCCGCCCCCGUCGACAGUGGACACUGCUGCUCUCAACGAGGACCCUGUACCUGUGAAGCCCGUGUCCAGACCGGCCCGCGCCGCUCACAUCUGCUCCAUCUGCAGCAAGCAGUUCAAGAACAGCUACAACCUGCGGCGUCAUCAGUCCGUCCACACCGGCGUGCGCAUGAAGGCGGGAUCGCAGAGCCAGGAGGCGGCGGCCAAAGAGAGCGCGGAGCGUCAGGCGGUGCCCCUCUCUCUCCUGCACCUCUCCAUCCCGCAGCAAACCCAAACGCUGGCCGCUCCCGCCGUUCUGCCCCCCCAACACGCGCAGGUCCUGGCCGUCACAGACGGAAACGACGUUACCAUGGAGAGCGUGGCUUCCACGGUGACCGCCCUCCCUCCUCCGGCUGCUGUUGUCAUGGCAACAGGGGAGCCCGUACAGAGGCCAGUAAACCAGAACCCGAACCCCGUGCGUAAAAACCACGCGUGCGAGACCUGCGGCAAAGCCUUCAGGGACGUGUACCACCUGAACCGACACCGGCUCUCCCACUCGGACGAGAAGCCGUUCUCCUGCCCCAUCUGCCAGCAGCGCUUCAAGAGGAAGGACCGCAUGAGCCAUCACGUCCGGUCGCACCAGGGAGGCGUGGAGAAACCCUACGUGUGUCCGCACUGCGCUAAAGCUUUCUCACGGCCGGAUCAUCUCAACAGUCAUGUCCGACAGGUCCAUUCUUCAGAACGACCCUUCAAGUGUCCGACGUGUGAAUCGAGCUUCGCCACACGGGACCGACUGCGCGCUCACAUGAUCAGACACGAGGAGAAGGUUCCGUGUCACAUCUGCGGGAAACUGCUGUCUGCGGCCUACAUCACGGAUCACAUGAGGGUGCACAACCAAUCACAGCAUCACUCCUGCCACCUGUGCAACCGCAGUUUCACCACGCUGACGUACCUGCGGGUUCACGCGCAGAAGCACCACGGCCAGGAGUGGAAGGAGAGCGGCGGAGGCUUCGGCAGCGCGGGCUCGGGCGGGGUGCUGGUGUGUCAGCUGUGCGGCGUUCACUGCAAGACCCCCACGCAGCUGCAGGGCCACAUGGGCACCCACAACCCCCCCGUCAGCGACCCCGGCCCCGUCGGCACCACCACGGCCAGCAGCGAGGCGGUCCCGGGCAGCACGGUCACCCUCUGCAACAUGGUGUCGGCGCCCACGGUGUUCGUGAGCGGAAACACGGUGGUGGAUCUGCUGGUGACCGACUGCUCCAGCAUCAUCCCGCAACCUCAGAGCUAGCAGAGCACGCCUGCGGCGCUCGCACGCAAAAACAGCCAUCCGUACAACUCACGACGCUAAACGACCACGAGAAGCCAAGGAGAAACUGUGAAGAGGCGUUCUGAGUGGAAGUUGCUCACGGUUUAUCACACACACACACACACACACACGACAACUACUGUAGCAUGAUACGUUAUAAGGAACACCUCUCUCUCUCUCAAUGAUGCACAUUUAUAGUCGCUUUACAUUUAUCCCUUUCGGAAGCAGAUUCACACGUACACUUUCUUGUCUCGCUGAGAGCGCGGGAGGACGCUUUGGUCUUCCGAACCUCGGCUCAACAAGAAGGAUCAGGGCAUAACGGUGGUAAAAGAGACUCGGAGGGCAGUAUUUUAGAUUUUAAACGCGCGGUUCACCCAAAAAGGAAUCAUUCGCUCCCCUUCAUUCAGAGCUUUUUUCCUUUCUGGAGCUCUUCUCAUUCAUUCUCAUUGCAUGGAAGAGAGCAGCUCAGACUUUCUGCUAAAUUUCUUCUUUCGCGUCCCACAGAACAAACUAAAUCUCACGGGUGAGUAAAUGAUGGGUGAACUACCGCUUUAACGCUUUCAGGACAAAACAGCCAUGCGGAAGUGUCUCGAUCCACUGUUUCUCUUCCACUUCUUCUUCUCUCUUUUCUCCUGCUCUGUUUUCACGGCGGCGGGACUCUCUGAUGAUACUGUGAUUGUGUAUUGCUACUGUAUUUCUUCUGCCUGUAAUAUGAUUUCCACUUUGUUUGCCAGACCACCUCUGCCACGAACUGGCGUCGGGAUCCGUUCAUAAGUCAUAUUAGCUCUGGUGACGAAAGACAAAAGGGUGAAGGGUGAAAACGAGACGUUGCAUUAGAUGAUAGAGGAAAGUUUUAGAUAUAAAGGAGCUGAUCGGAUAGAUGAUUUAUUUAAUCACGUUCUUUUGCAGUAAGAAUGGCGUAUGCACGCGCCGUGACAGAUGUUGACACGUCUAGCUCAUAUUUCACCCCAAAAUUAAAUAUUAAAAAAUAUAUAUGUAUCUCGUAGUUUCAAAAUGUGAACAAAUAAUGAUAUAUUAUUUAAAUAUUUAUACACUGCUGUUCAGAUGUUUGGGGUUGGUAAAAUUGUUCCCAUGCUCAUCAAGACUGCAUUUAUUUAGUCAAAAAUACAGUAGAAAUAGUGAAAUUUUAUUACAAUAUAAAACAGCUGUUUUCUGUGUGAAUAUCUGUUUAACUGGAAUUGAUUUCUGUCAUCAAAGCUGAAUUUUCAGCAUCGUUACUCCAGUCUGCACAUGAUACGUUUCUGAUUAUUAGCAGUGUUGAAACAGUGAUACAUUUUAAUUGUCAGGAUUCACAGAUGAACAGAAAGUUCCAAAGAACACAAAUAGGAAUCUUUUGUAACAUUAUAAAUGUCUUUACUGUCACUUUUGAUCAAGUUACGUGUCAUUGCUGAAUGAAAGUGUGCAUUUCUUCAACAACAAAAAAAAACAAAACAUCUUUCUGACCCUAAACUUGUGAGCAGUAGUGUACAUCAGGGUGGUACUUUUGCACUGCCUUUAAUAUAUGCUGAUUACAACUGUAGUAAAUCUGGGGCCGUGAGCUGUAGAUUCUGUGCGGUACUGGCCAAAUAAUCCAACUCCUGAGUUUAAGUCCAUGUAACUGUGAAUUUGUCACUGAUUAUCCAUAUCCUACUUUAAAAAACUGUCCUGAGAGUCUAUAAAUAGUCUAUAAAUGCUCAAAAAUGACCUGCCUACAGAAAUCCAAAGGAAAACGCCUAGAUCUCACUGUCAGUCGCUAGUUUCUUUUACAGGACUGUCCUCAAGAGUUCCAUUUAGGUUUAUAUUUUUAUUUCUGAUGUUGUGUGAAAUGUGACAGAAGUGGAGCGUAACGUGUGUAGUAGAGCUGCAGGACGCGGGUUUGAGUCUGAUGGUUUGGCCGUGACUGUACCGUGAGGGGUUUAACAAACACGCAGGCGUUUCGUGUGCCUCUAAUCCGCCUGUCCGUUCCUAGGAAACACAUGAAACACUGAAACUAUGAAUCCUGUGCUGAGUUCACUGAGCGACAUGAUGAGGUGCUGAACUGAAGUUCACAGACAGGGCUAAUGGACGCUUAAAUUUGUCCUCACGUUGUAUUUGUGAGCCGCGGGCCGUCGGAGGAAAGAAAAGGCGCGAGCUGUUGUUUCUGCUUCCAUCAAGACUUUAGCGCGAGGCUCUUUUGUAGAAGGUUGUGUUUUCUUUCUUUUUCUGUUGUGAACGUGUGAACGGCGUGUUUAAAGAAGGGCUGAAAAUCAACUCUUUACGAGGAAUGAGAAAAGACUCGUCUCGGUUCUCGGUUUUGUACUGGAGUGAUUCGUUUGAUGGGUUUAGUGUUGGUACUGUAUAUCUGCUUAUUCAUGAGCUUCAUUUAAUAUGAGAUUUGUUCUUCCUGUGUAGAGACGUAGUGGUUGUUCUAAGCUUCGGAUCAUAUUUAGGUUCUUUGUUUUAAUUUAGCAUUAAGCUGAAAUAAUAAUACCUCUAAUCUCUGUACAGCUCUGGCAAUGCAUCUCAAUGCCUUAUUAUUGUAUCUACCGCAUUUAAUUCGUCAAACACUACAACUAUUUUAAAUUAUAGUCGACGAACCCGUAAAAAAGGAAAGUAAAAUAAUAAUGGGAUGUAUUUAUAUUUAUAUUUUUAUAUUUCUUAGCAGUAUGCAUGUCUAUAAACAGAGCAAAACAAAAUGUUGAUGCUUACCAUGAUCAUGGAUAUUAUGUUAUUAUUUUGUAGAUGAUGUAGAUCAUGUUAUCAUUUUGUAAUUUUGACUAUUAAAAGGAAAUGGAGUAAUCACA